AUGUCCAAGAUGGCAGGCACCAAACGACCGAUCGACGCCGUAGAUGGCAAAGCCUCAAAAAAGCCCAAGACGUAUCAAGAUGGAGGGAAAAAGAGCAAAUCCGUUCCAAAGAAGGCGGCCGACGAAGAGGACUUUGUCCAGUUCGACGAAGAAGAUGCUACAGCGGUGCCGGUGACCAAGCAAGAGAAGCCCAAGUUUCCGAAGGGCUCUGGAGAGUCUGGAGAGCCUGAUGGAGACACAUUUCUGAACGGAAGCACAUCUCGCGAAGCGCACGCCAAACAAAAGGCCCUCGCACAAGACCGGAAAGCGGCCAAACCGCACGCGGACUCGAUCGCCCGCUCGAAGAAACUAUGGGAACAGCUACGGCGCAAAUCGCACGUCCCAAAGGCGCAGCGCGAUGAACUCGUCAAAGAGUUGUUUGAUAUCAUAUCAGGCCGAGUCAAGGACUUCGUCUUCAAGCACGAUUCUGUGCGUGUGAUUCAGUGCGCACUGAAGUAUGCUACGCCGGACCAGAGGAGGCAGAUCACACAAGAAUUGAAGGGUCAAUACAGAGAAUUGGCGGAGUCCAAAUACGCGAAAUUUCUGAUUGCAAAGAUGGUGGUUGGCAACGACGAGAGUCGGGAUGCUGUUGUCGAGGAGUUUUGCGGGCAUGUCAAGAGGCUCAUUCGGCAUCCUGAAGCGAGUUGGAUUCUGGAUGAUAUCUAUCGGACUAUCGCGACGAAGCAGCAGAAGGCUGUACUCUUGCGGGAGUGGUAUGGGCCUGAGUUUGUGGUGUUCGCAAAGAACAAAGGCAAGGACGAGGGUGAGGUGACCGCAGACCUGGCGGAGAUUUUGAAGCAGAAUCCGGAAAAAAGAGGGCCAAUCAUGCAGCAUUUGAAGGAGAUGACGAACCAGCUGGUGCAGAAGAAGACCACUGGGUUUACGAUACUGCAUGACGCUUUGCUGCAGUACUUCUUAAAUUGCAAGCCUGGAAGUCCUGAACUUACAGAGUUUCUGGACAUGCUGCGCGACGACGAAGAGGGUGAUUGUUUCAAGAAUCUGGCCUUCACGAGGUCUGGAUCACGACUUGUUUGUCUUGCGUUGGCAUAUGGCAGUUCCAAGGACCGGCGGACCAUCUUGAAAUUCUUCAAGACGCACAUGAAGCUCUUGGCUUCAGAUGUCUACGGGCACACCGUGCUACUGACCGCUUACGAUGUGAUUGACGAUACAGUCAUGACAUCGAAAGGGAUCUUCCCCGAACUGCUUGGCAAAGAUCUCGAGAAAGAGGCGGCGCAGCAGGAGUUGAUGGCUCAGGUCGAGCAUUUGAAUGCUCGCAUUCCUUUGCUGUAUCUCAUGUCGCCGGAGGCUCCGAAGUGGUUGAUCCCACCUGAGACUGAUACUAUAGCCGUUGUCAAGGAGAUUCGGGAGGUUCGAAAUACGACUUCGAAGAAAGAUCCCGAGACACGGAGACUGGAGUUGCUGAAAGCCAUAUCGCAGCCGCUGUUGGAUUUGAUUGCUUCACAGGCACAAUUCCUUGCUCAAUCGACGCUGGGGUGCCAAUUCAUCGCCGAGACCUUGUUUGGCGCUGUUGGAGACAAAGAGCCUGCACUCAAAGCUCUUGUGGAUCUGGCGACAAACCCUGCUGAGGCCGAAGAAGAUGCUAAGGUCCUUGCAACGCCAGCGGUGGGCCGGAUGUUGAAGUCCCUGGUUCAAGGCGGACGAUUUGACAAGGCUACGAAGUCAGUCACUCGGGUGGACCCGUCAUUGAUGUUCCAUGACAUGCUGUAUACGGAGCUCAAGGGCGAGGACGGGGCCGCGAUCAUUGAAUGGGCUAAUGGUCCCAAUUCUUUUGUCAUUGUCGCGAUGCUGGAAGCCGAUGAUUUCAGCCACAACGAAGAACUGGUCGGCACCCUGAAACAGCACGCCUCUGCGCUGAAGUCUGACAACCCAGGAGCCAAGAUCAUUCUUGAAAAGAUUGGGGGUGCAUCGGAGGAGAAACAGGCUAAGAAAGGGAAGAAGUCGAAGAAAUAA